AUGGCGGAACCACAAGCUGACAUUCAGAGCAUCUUGGCCGCGCUCGCAUCACAGCGCCCUCCAGCUUCGACGCCGAAUCCAACGCCUCCUGGCGCUCCUGGCCAUGGCUAUCCGGCUCCGGCCCCGUCUGCGCCACCAGGCCAUCCUCUGCCUGCACCGGCCUUGAGCGGAAAUGUCGACUUGAGUGCCAUCCGGCCCAUCAACUCGGGAACAAUGAAUUUUGACGACGUUGUUUCCAAGGCAAGAGCCUUUGCGGCGGAAAAAGGAGCAACCUCUUACGACCGGCCGCUCGUGUACGGCUCCGACCCGAGGAACCCUGAUCGACCGUAUCGGCGCUCGAGGUCUCGCUCCCCCGCUCGGGGCGACUACCAAAGAGGCGACCGCCGAGGCGGUCACGGUCGUGGCCGGGAAAGAUCUCCCCUGCGAGGGGCCGACGACAACUCCGAAACCAUUCAGAUCGAGUCGAGCCUCGUGGGACUGAUUAUCGGCCGACAAGGCGAGAAUCUCCGCCGCAUCGAGGCAGACUCGAACUGCCGCGUUCAGUUUCUGGCCGCCACCGAUGGGGGCCCCUUCCGACAAUGCAGAAUCUCUGGUCCCGGGCAACGCCGUGCAGAGGUCAAGACGGCCAUCAACCGCAUCAUCGAAGACAGUGGAAUGGGCGCUCUCAACCGCAUCCCGGAUACCACGAGAGACGCGAGCCGGGGUGGCUCCGCAUCGCUGCGAGAAGGCGAGGACCACAUGCAAAUCAUGGUGCCCGACCGCACCGUGGGGCUGAUCAUCGGUCGUGGAGGCGAAACCAUUCGUGACUUGCAGGAGAGAUCUGGCUGUCACAUCAACAUUGUCGGGGAGUCCAAGAGCGUCAAUGGUUUGCGUCCCGUGAACUUGAUCGGAACCGUCGAGUCUUCCACUCGAGCCAAGGAUCUUAUCCUGGAAAUCGUCGACAGCGACACGCGAGGCGACGGCCCUGCCGCCAAGAAGCCUCCCGUCGGCGGUCGCAGCGAGGCACCGAUGAGGGACCUCGGGGGAGGAGGUGGCCAGGACAAGGUCAACGAUGCCAUCUACGUUCCCUCGGACGCAGUAGGUAUGAUCAUCGGAAAGGGAGGAGAAACGAUCCGCGAGAUGCAGAACAGCACCGGGUGCAAGAUCAAUGUGGCUCAGUCGUCCGGCCCCGGCGAGGUCCAAAGGGAGAUUGCCUUGAUUGGAACGCGCGACAGUAUCGCUCGCGCCAAGCAGGCCAUUGACGAGAAGGUCGAUGCCGUGCGACAGAAGAGCGGCGGCGGAGGCGGCGGCGGAGGCGGAGGCGGGGGCGGGGGCGGCCGGGGCCGAGGACACCAAGACCUUGACCGAGGGUCCUCCUAUUCGCAGCCAGGGCCGAGCCCGUCUACUAACCCGGCGCCCCAAGCACAAGCAGGCGACGCUGCCGACCCCUAUGCCCAAUACGGCGGGUAUCAAAACUACAUCACGCUCUGGUACCAGUCGUUGAUGUACCAGCAGCAGCAGCAAGGCGGACAAGGAGCGCCAGCGCCCGGGGCCUAG